AUGCAAAUACGACUUCGAGUCCUUCUACUCAUCGUCAUCGUCACACUCUCAAUUACGCCGUUUUGCUUGAUUUUCUAUUCGGUUAGUAUCACUACUGCGAAUGAGAGAACGAAUCGGGUGCCGCUGGAAAAAUACGCGGCCGACUGCGAAGUGUUGCCGGACACGGUGAACAUCACAUUUCCAUUGUGCCUCAACAAAAUUGAGUGGUUCAAAUCGGGCAAUUGGAGAAAAGAGCCAUGCUAUUCACAACAUAAAGUUGAUGGCUCAUUGUGCUCAUUUCGGCGAUAUUUGUCCGAGUUUGAAUCGUUCUGCCCGCCAAUUGGAAACGGACGAGACGAAACGAGAUAUGCUCAGCAGUCAUCCAAUAUCGAUCAUCUUUUUUCGGCGAUGCAUGGAUUUCCGGAGAGUUAUGCCUAUAUCCAGAUAUUAGUAUUUAUUGGGUUUCUCGCACACGAGAGAACGCUGAAAUUUGCCAAAUAUUCGAAAAAGGGCGGCCCGCUUGGCGAACUUCUUCAAUGGUCCGAUUUGAUAGCAUCGCUGCACAUUUUAGGACAUAAUGUGACGGUGGCGACGAGUGUCAAAGCACUUCGAACAGAAAUGUCGCUGAUUGAAAAUUCGAAUGAGUGCGAUGCAAGUGUCAUCAAUUUCGAUUUGAUAUUCACUGAUAUAAUGGGCUUUCACAUUUUUCGAAAAAGAAAAAAACAAUAUACAAGCAAUAAUAGAUGCCGAUUUCGACUUAUUGACAGUUUUGGAACGCAUGUCGAGUUUUCAACGCCUCAAUUUUUUCAGAAAUUUGCGCAGCCAAUAGUAGAAACCAGAAAGAAUCAGUGGGGAAAUCUUGAAUUAAACCUUCGCCAACAUUGGACGUUCUAUCCGCAUACCAGCGAUAAUACGUUUCUUGGAUUCGUCGUUGACACUUCUGAAAUUGAUGUGAAUAUUACGAAAAGCUCAAAAAAAUUCAAAGCACUCAUCUAUGGAAAAGAAAAGUAUAUGUGGGAAAAUGCCGAAACCGCUAUUCGCGUUUUAAGCGAGGAGAACGUCGAUAUUCACGCAACCGUUGUCGACGUUGAGCAUGAUCAAACCGAGCUCAUGUUCGAGAAUGUCACAAAUCAUGGAUUUUUGGAUUCGCGCGCGAUUUCGAAACUUCUCGAUGAUGUCCAUUUGUUUUUUGGAUUAGGAUUCCCAUUAGAAGGUCCCGCGCCGCUUGAAGCAAUUGCUCAUGGAGCGAUCUUCAUUAAUGCUCAUUUUGAUGUGGCAAAAAAUCGUAUAAACUAUAAAUUUCUUGGUGAGAAGCCGACAUUUCGCCAGUACACUAGCCAAUGCCCAUAUAUGGAAGAAAUCGGGCUGCCGUAUGUCAUUACAACAAAUAUCAACGACCCAUAUGCACUAAGGAAGGCGAUAAGGCACGCGAAAACGCUCAAGCCGAAACCCUAUGUUCCUGAAGAAUUUACAACGCAGGGAAUGCUUUUGAGGGUUGGCGUUUUCGUCGAAAAACAAGAUUUUUGUUCAAAUUUGGUAGCAAAUUGGCCACCUCAUGAGUCAUUAAAGAUUGUUACUGGAGGACCGCUAGAAUCUUGUGAAUCUGCGUGCUCCCGUGAGCAUCUUGUUUGUGAGCCGGCCCAUUUUCCACUAAUCAACAAUAAAAAUACAUUGAAACGGGUGUUUCCGAAAUGUGAUUCGUCGAGUCCGAAUGAUCGAUCACCGGUGGCGCCAUACGAUUGCGUACUUCAGAAGGAACCGCAAUUGUUCAGUUGCGCAUCGGCGCCGAGAAUUGGCACAAUUUCACGGAUAUGUCCAUGCCGUGACAAACAUCACAAUCAUUCGGCGUUUUGCUCAAAAUGUAUAUAG